AUGUCGUGUCGACUCCGAAAAAAGUUGGAUGAAGGGACACGGACUGGUUGCGAGCCAACUCCAAGACCUGAUGAAGGCACAUAUACUGCGGCUGAACCAACACCGAAGCCUGAUGAAGGCACCACAACUGCCGUAGAAGGCCCUCCAAAACAUAGAAGAAAAACAGGAAAACUACGUGCCACAAUUGAGAGAGAAAUAGUGGAGAAACGAGUGAUCCGAAGGGUCGUUGAGGACGAGGGCACGAACACGGCAGCACUGCCAACUCCCAGACCGGACGAGGGCACGACGACUGCGGCUGAACCAACUCCGAAGCCUGACGAGGGAACACGUACGGCAGCUGAACCAACCCCGAAACCUGAAAAUGAGAUGCAGGGAUCAAAGCUUGUCAAUCGUCUAUUGACGUUCUCAUUACAGGAUGAGGGCACGUUAACAGCAGCGGAGCCGACUCCCAAACCUGAUGAGGGUACUACAACAGCAGCUGAGCCGACUCCGAAACCUGACGAGGGCACGAAUACAGCAGCUGAGCCGACUCCAAAGCCUGACGAGGGUACGAAUACAGCAGCUGAGCCGACUCCUAAGCCUGAUGAGGGUACUUUGACAGCUGCUGAGCCGACUCCGAAACCUGACGAGGGUACGCUGACAGCUGCCGAACCGACUCCGAAACCUGAUGAGGGCACCAAUACAGCAGCUGAGCCGACUCCCAAGCCUGAUGAGGGCACCAAUACAGCAGCUGAGCCGACUCCGAAACCUGACGAGGGCACACGUACUGCAGCUGAACCAACCCCGAAACCUGACGAAGGUACAUUGACGGCAGCAGAGCCGACUCCAAAACCUGACGAGGGCACGCUUACAGCAGCUGAGCCGACGCCGAAACCUGUGAGCGUUCUUUUCAUUACCAUUCCAAGAACUAUACUCCGUCUGGAAAUGGCCACAAUUUCCACCCUUUGGUGUGUGGCGUGCUCCAAGGCCAACAUACGCGUACAUAUGUCGUUUUUACGCAAGGAGAAGUUGUGCAUGGCAACU